GUUAAUGAGAGCUUAAGGUAGCAAGCAAAGCAGAGCAACAAUGGAGGAAGAAAUAGCAGCAGGAUUUCGUUUCUACCCUACAGAAGAAGAACUGAUAAGCUUCUACCUCAACAACAAGCUCCAAAACAACAAUACAAAGAUUAAUCGAGUAAUUCCUCUCAUCAACAUUUAUCAAUUCGAUCCGUGGCACCUACCGAAACACUGCGGGGAAUUCUGCCAUGGAGAUACCGAGCAGUGGUUUUUCUUCGUGCCUCAGCAGGAAAGGCAAGCGCGGGGAGGAAAGCCGAGCAGAACUACGGUUACCGGUUACUGGAAAGCCACCGGCUCGCUCAGCCACGUCUACUCCUCCGACGGUACGGUCAUCGGAGUUAAGAAAACAAUGGUGUUUUACAAAGGAAAAGCCCCAGCGGGAUCUAAAACCAAAUGGAAAAUGAACGAAUACAGAGCAAUUAAAUUGGAUGAAGAAACUUCCAUUCCUAAGUUGAGAGAAGAAGUGACCGUUUGCAGAAUCUACGUAGUGUCGGGGAGCUCGCGCGCCUUCGAUCGGCGACCGGUUCGCGUCUGCGCCGCCAUGGAUGAUCAUGAAACAGUAGCACUUCAGAUAAACGGAAAAAACCGUACCGUUUCAGAGAAGGACGAAACACCGGCGGCGAAGUUGCCGGAGAGAAGCAGCUCUUCAGGAACUUCAUCCUCGGGAGGAAAUUGCAGCACGGAAGAGGAAACGAUGAUGAUCGACGAUGAAUGGAUGAGGAAAUUGAUCGAACCUAUCGAUGAAGAAGCUUCGUUGUUGCAGUGACGGACGGCGGUUACGAGUACGAACAAUCUGAUCACGCCGAUUUGAAGGUAAUUUGAAACCUUAAUAAAAGCGGGUUUUCAAAUUAAAAUCGUGUUUCUCGAUGAAAAAUAGCGCUAGUUGACGAAUAGCGACUUUAGUUUUAACUUUUUAGCUGUAACUUGUAACAUAGAAAAUCAAAACGGUACUAUCACCGUGUCACGCUUUACAGUUUAUGCUUUUAGGUGAUGUAUGUACACACACGGUGUGUUCUUUGAACUUCUUUUUUUAUUAAUUUUUUAUUUUUUACAAU